AUGUUUUCUUUUGUUUUAUUACCCAUAAUCUUGUCAUCACCAAUAGAAAAUCAUUUUCAUUUCAUGCAUUUUUAAAAAAACAGGUUUGACAGUUUCAUGUAAACUGUGAUUAAUGAGAUUGUUUUAAAAGAAUUGAUGUCACAACAGGGUCGGGGGAGAGGGCGAGGUGGGCGAGGGAGAGGUCGCGGGCGUGGAAAGCGUGUGGGAUUCCAGGAUUUCCCACCAGAGGAUGAGAUUGAACAGGCAGAGUCUGAGGUUCCUGCUGAGGAGCCAGCAGAGUCUGAACCUGAACAAUCCAAAGCUGCAAAGAGGCUGAAGUCUGUCAUAAAGCUCAGCAAGUUCCUCGCUGCUGGGAAGAAAACUGAACCUACCUCCCCAUGGAAGAAGGCCAGGAUCUUCCCAAUGAUGUUUGGGAAAGGUAAGAAAGACAAAGAUUACGCCAAGCUGACAUCUGCACGUCGUAUCGAUAGUCAAGAGAGCUUGACGGGUGGGCAGAGCACCACUUCCAUUGAUGGCACAACCACUGCCAGGAGUCGGCUUGGGAAAGUCCUGAAACGCAUUAAUCUGGCAAACAAGCUGCAAAUUAGAAGGAAAUCACAGAGCAGCAUCAGUAGAAGCUCUGUGAGUGAGAAAGAUGAGUCUGCAACCGAGUCAGAGAGAGAAGAGAAGAAAUCUAAAGUGUCCAUCAGUGUCAGUGAGCCAGAGGCCAGCGGGAGUGGAUCAGAGGCAGAGAGCCGAAAGAAAGGCUCAGACGAGGAGGAAUCGUCCGAUAGGAGCAGUGUAGUAGGCUCCACUGAUGACAAAGAUUAUCUGAAAGUGGAUCUGGACCGAGAUGAUGCCAAUGAGAGCACAGUUGAUUCUGAAUCAGAGCCAGAAGAACCUGGUGAUUCUGACGAGGAGAGUAAAUCAAAAUCUGGGACUGAAAAGUCAGGAACCGAAAAGGAUUCCGAGGCAUCUGAUAAAGAAUCUGAAACCGAGAAAGGGUCGGGUUCAGAGGAGGAAUCCGGCUCAGAGGAAGAGUCAGGGUCUGGAAAGACCUCAGGAACAGAAAAAGAGUCUGGAUCUGGGACUGAAAAAUCAGGAACCGAGGAAGAGUCCAGCGCUGAGAAGAGUUCUGCCACAGAAAAGGAGUCUGAGGAAGAAUCUGAAGAAGAGUCUAAAGGAACAGAAGAGUCAGGAUCGGGAACGGAGCCGUCUUCUGCUCGCUCAUCAAUGAAAUCAUCCCGUACUGAGGAUUCCUCGACACGUUCGAGUGCAGGAACUCAGAGCAGCAGAAGUGGAAGUGUUUCUGGUAGUGCAAGUGGUACUCCAAGUGGCAGUGGAUCAGGUGGCAGCUCUAAGGGGUCUUCAGCAAGGUCAUCCCGAGCAUCAGUGUCUGGUGAGGAGAGCAGUGGUGAGAUAGGGUCAGUGAGUGGCUCUGAAGAGGCAUCCGAGACAGAAAUGAGCGGAUCUGCUCCAUCAGAUGCCACUGGAUCAGAUGCUGUUUCUGUGUCCGACAGUGAGAGAAGCUCUACGAGCUCCAGAUCAGCAGCAGGAAGCCGACGCUCUCGCAAGAGCAUAAUUACCCGAUCAUCCCAGGACACCAUUGAUGAGGAGAGUGAGGAGGAGGAAGAGGCUUCUGAAGAAGAAGAGGAGGAUGAAACAGCAGAUGAGAGCAGAGAGUCUGCCAGUGAGAUGAGUGAAGGAUCAAUGUCACGGAGGUCAAGUGUGAUCUCAGUGGCAGGAAGUGGAGGCACACCGUACGCCACAGAGAACAGCGUGACGGAGAGUUCAGAUGAAGCAUUUGGAGGCCUCUCACCCAUCACAGAGGUGGAUGAGGAUGCCAUAACUUCCGGCAGUGGCUCAGCAUCUGAAAGUGGCUCUAUGAUUCGCUCAAAGCAAUCAGGAACAGAAGGAACCACGGAAGUAACAGAUGCAGAUUCCGAAUCAGGAGAUUCCACAGCUUUCUAAAAAGGGGCCAAGUAAGAUUUAACUGACUUCUGUCAUGGAGUGAAGAUAUUCCAACUUUUCUCAAAGUCUUUUCUCUUAUUCUGGUGUGUUUUGGAACCAUUCCAGCUGCAUGGAAGUGCUGAAAAUGGCAUGCUGUUCACGGUUUUUGGUGUGCUUCUGAAAUU